AUUCAGUUCUCAACCGUUAGCCGUUACGGUUGUGCCCGCGCUCGUCGGGAAAAUACGCGAAAGAACUGUGCUCCGUUUAGUGAUAGUCCCUUGGCAAAUUGCAUUUUGAUUAGUUUGGCAGCUCGGCCUUAGUACAAGUGAUUUGUUUACAUUUAAUUCAAUUAAUUAGGCGUCUGCCAGGCUGCCAACAGUGUGUGCGCGCUUGUGUUGGUGACCGACCACAAAUCAGUGUCGCGCCAGCGUAACGGUAAAGGUGCGAAAGAGUCCGACAAACGGUUUUCCAGGACGGAGGUGAAACGCCAUCAUGGUCGUUAAGGAGAUACCGCUCCAUGAGAAUCUGAACAUGGAAAGCCGACCCAUGAAUGCCGCUACGCCCACCACUACCACCACGUUCUCGAAAGGCGGGCGUCGCUACAGUGUGUCCCUGACCACCGCCAUUCUGCUAGCCUCCUUCUUCAUCUGCACCCUGCUAGCAGUGGGCUUUAUUGUCUACAACUUUGCCACUUGCGCUGAACUGGAGCCCGAUUCCGAUGAGGAUGUUGUUUGCACCAGCUACCAUUUGAGGAGGCUAAAGGCUGGACAUGAUGACACACCUAAAUACGAUAGAGAUGUCCGCCUGCCGCACUCCAUCCGCCCGCUUAAAUACAACAUCACAAUCGAACCGCAGCUCAGCGGCAACUUCACCUUUGCCGGUAGUGUUCAGAUAAGGAUAAGGGUGCUGGAGGAUUGCUAUAACAUCACUAUGCACGCUGAGGAGCUGAACAUUUCGCGUAGCGACGCCUCCGUCCACCGAGUGCAGAACAAUGGUGAACCGGAAGGCGACGGUCUGCGGAUUCACAAACAGUACCUGGUGGGGGCCAAACAGUUCUUCGUGAUCGAGCUGUAUGACAAGCUGCUCAAAGAUGUGGAGUACGUGGUGCAUCUACGCUUUGAUGGCAUUAUCGAGGACUAUCUGCAGGGAUUUUACCGCAGCUCCUACGAGGUGCACAACGAGACAAGGUGGGUAGCUUCUACCCAGUUUCAGGCCACAGAUGCCCGACGAGCUUUUCCCUGUUUCGAUGAGCCCGCGCUGAAGGCCAACUUUACGCUGCACAUCGCUCGUCCUCGCAACAUGACCACCAUAUCCAACAUGCCCAUUGUGUCCAGCAACGAUCACGCCACCAUGCCAAGCUAUGUGUGGGAUCACUUUGCCGAAUCGCUGCCCAUGUCCACCUAUCUGGUGGCCUAUGCCAUAUCCGACUUUACGCACAUCUCAUCCGGUAACUUUGCCGUCUGGGCUCGAGCGGAUGCCAUCAAAUCGGCCGAGUAUGCCCUGUCCGUUGGUCCCAGGAUUCUCACAUUCCUGCAGGACUUUUUCAAUGUAACGUUCCCCCUGCCGAAGAUCGACAUGAUUGCUCUGCCAGAGUUCCAAGCGGGCGCUAUGGAGAACUGGGGUCUAAUUACCUUCAGGGAGACUGCAAUGCUUUAUGACCCAGGUGUAGCCACGGCCAAUAACAAGCAACGAGUGGCCUCGGUUGUGGGUCACGAGUUAGCCCACCAGUGGUUCGGAAACCUGGUAACACCGAGCUGGUGGUCGGAUAUCUGGCUUAACGAGGGGUUUGCCAGUUACAUGGAGUACUUGACGGCCGAUGCAGUUGCGCCCGAAUGGAAACAGUUGGACCAGUUUGUGGUUAAUGAGCUGCAAGCAGUGUUCCAACUGGAUGCCCUUUCCACAUCCCAUAAGAUCUCGCACGAGGUGUUUAAUCCGCAGGAGAUUUCGGAAAUCUUCGAUAGAAUUUCCUACGCCAAGGGUUCAACUAUUAUUCGCAUGAUGGCCCACUUCCUCACAAAUCCAAUUUUCCGUCGGGGUCUGAGCAAAUACCUGCAGGAAAUGGCUUACAACUCUGCAACACAGGACGAUCUGUGGCAUUUCCUUACCGUUGAAGCCAAAUCCUCUGGGUUGCUGGACGACAGCAGAAGUGUUAAAGAGAUCAUGGAUACGUGGACGCUGCAAACUGGCUAUCCGGUGGUUAAGGUGUCAAGGCAUCCCAACUCCGAUGUGAUUCGUCUGGAGCAGGUCCGCUUUGUGUACACCAACACCACCAGGGAGGAUGAGAGUCUCCUGUGGUACAUACCCAUUACGUUUACCACUGACUCCGAGUUGAAUUUUGCCAACACCCGUCCGACUACAUGGAUGCCGCGCACCAAGCUGUACGAGCUGGAGAACAGGGAACUCUCCUUGGCCAAGUGGUUCAUUUUCAAUGUUCAACAGACAGGUUACUACCGCGUCAACUACGAUCUAGAAAACUGGAUGGCGAUCACAGAACACCUGAUGGAUGUGGACAACUUUGAGGACAUUGCUCCUGCGAACCGUGCCCAGUUGAUCGAUGAUGUGAUGAAUCUGGCCAGAGGUUCUUAUCUGUCCUAUGAAACCGCCAUGAAUUUGACUCGCUACCUUGGCCAUGAAUUGGGCCAUGUGCCGUGGAAGGCGGCCAUCAGCAACUUCAUUUUUAUCGACUCCAUGUUCGUCAACUCCGGCGACUACGACCUUCUAAAGAACUAUCUGCUUAAGCAGUUGAAGAAAGUCUACGACCAGGUGGGCUUUAAGGACUCGCAGGACGAAUCAGAGGACAUCCUGGUGAAGCUGAAGCGUGCCGAUAUUCUGAGCAUGGCCUGUCAUUUAGGUCACCAAGAGUGCAUCGCGGAGGCGAGCAGGCACUUCCAGAACUGGAUGCAGACGCCGAAUCCAGAUUCAAAUAAUCCCAUUGUGCCAAAUCUCAGGGGAGUCGUUUACUGCUCUGCGAUACAAUACGGCACCGAGUACGAAUGGGACUUUGCUUUCGAGCGCUUUUUGAAGACGAACGUGCCUGGGGAGAAGGAUUUGCUGUUGAAUGCACUUGGCUGCUCCAAGGAGCCCUGGUUGCUUUAUCGUUUCUUGCGUCGCGGCAUUUCCGGACAGCAUAUCCGGAAACAGGACUUGUUCCGGGUAUUCGCAGCAGUUUCCACCACGGUAGUGGGCCAGAACAUAGCCUUUGAUUUUCUGCGCAACAACUGGCAGGAGAUCAAGACCUACAUGGGCUCACAGAUGUCCAGCAUCCACACGCUGUUCAAGUUCGCCACGAAGGGCUUCAACUCCAAGUUCCAGCUGGGCGAAUUUGAGAACUUCGUGAAGGACGCCCACUGGGACUACGACAGACCCGUGCAACAGAUCGUGGAGCACAUCGAGACCAGCGUCGACUGGAUGAACAAGAACUACAAGUCGAUCGUGCGGUGGCUGGAGAACGAGGCGCAAGCGUAAGGAACGGAUUCUGCGGCUUGGCUGGAUCAAGGCUGCAGCAGUAUUAGAUUUCGCAGCUGCAACUGCAUGGGUUGGGCCACCAAUGCAUUUAUGUGUAAUAUUUAUGUCGCGUGUUUUACCAAUUCAGAGUCGCCAAAGAGAGAAAGCCCUUGGCAGAUCGUCCAGAGCAUCACGUUUUUCAUUACUUUUAAUGUAUGCCUUCUUUUCAUAACAAUUAUGAGUCUUGUAAUUUUAAUUUGUACUUAAAUGUAAUUGUAAAUGUAAAUGGAAUUAUAACAUUGUUCGUCAC